AAAUUGAUAUGAUUAUUUACGAAACUUCGCAAUUCACUCCUUCAUUUGCUAAUGUUCCAGUCCACACUGUCCGGCAUAUCCCGGCGGCAGCGCCGCCCUUUUUCCACCGCCGUCUCCGCCGCCAUCGCCGCCAACAGCGUUCCUGCCUCGCCGCUCCCUCCCUCAUCCUUCACCAUCCGGCCCCCAGUCCACCCUUGGCCUCGCCGCCUCACUCCUCUCAACCUCGCUUCCCUCAUCUCCCGCCAACACGACCCCGACCUCUCUCUCCAAGUCUUUCACCACGCCCAAUCCCUCCACCCCUCCCUCUCUCAUGCGCCGCAACCCCUCCACGCGCUUUUCCUUAAACUCUCACGCGCCCGCCGCUUCUCCAUCCUCGAGUCCCUCCUCACGCGCCUCCCCAGUCCGCCGCCAGAACCCUCACUUGUCAUCCUCAUCCGCGCAUACGGCCUCGCCGGAAAACCCCUAUCUGCCGUCCGCCUCUUCCUCAAACUCCAACCCCUCCGCGUCCGAACCUCCGUCAAAUCCCUCAACGCGCUCCUGAACGCACUGGUUCAGAACAAACGGUACAGUUUAGCGCACUCAGUGUUUAAAAGCUCUGCGGAAAAAUUCGGGGUUGUGCCUGACGUUGUUAGCUGCAACAUUUUGCUCAAGGCUCUAUGUAAGAGCAAUGAAGUUGAUGUUGCGGUUAGGGUUUUGGAUGAGAUGGGUUUGAUGGGUUUGGUUCCGAAUGUGGUUAGUUAUACAACUGUGUUGGGUGGGUAUGUGUUUAGGGGUGAUAUGGAGAGUGCUAUGAAGGUUUUUGGGGAGAUUUUGGAUAGAGGGUGGGUGCCUGAUGCAACCACUUACACUGUUUUGAUGAGUGGAUUUUGUAGGAUGGGAAAGUUUGUGGAGGCAAUUAGGGUUAUGGAUUUGAUGGAGGAGAAUAGGGUUCAAGCUAAUGAGGUUACUUAUGGUGUCAUGAUUGAGGCUUAUUGUAAGGGGAGGAAAUCUGGGGAGGCUGUGAACUUGCUUGAGGAUAUGGUGGCAAAGGGGUUUGUGCCAAAUUCGGUGUUGUGUUGUAGAGUUGUUGAUUUGUUGUGUGAGGAGGGGAGUGUGGAGAGGGCUUGGGAGAUGUGUAGGGGGAUGGUGAGGAAAGGGAUUCAGUUUGGUGGCGCGGUGGUGAGUACGAUUGUGCAUUGGCUUUGCAAGGAGGGGAAGGUGGUGGAGGCAAGGGAAGUGUUGGAUGAACUGGAGAAGGGGGAGGUUGCGAGUUUGUUGACUUAUAACACACUGAUUGUGGGAAUGUGUGAGAGAGGGGAGCUUUGUGAGGCAGCGAGGCUGUGGGAUGACAUGGUGGAAAAGGGUAGAGUUCCAAAUGCAUUUACUUACAAUGUGUUGAUUAAAGGGUUUUGUAAGGUUGGGAAUGUGAAGGAGGGUAUCAGAGUGCUGGAGGAGAUGGUGGAGAGUGGAUGCUUGCCUAACAAAUCAACAUACUCCAUAUUGGUUGAUGGGAUUUCUGUUUCAGGAGGAAAGAAAGAGGAAAUCGAGAAGGUAGUUUUGUUGGCCAUGACGGCUGGAGUUGAUGGUGACUUGUGGGAACUUUUCUUAAAACUUGUGGUCAAUUUAGAUGGCAAUGCAGCUAAACUGGAUAGGAUAUUGACAGAGAAUGCAGUGUGAUAAAAGAAACUCUGGGAUGUGGUGUCGUGUCUGAUCUUUGAAAGUUGAUCACCAAAAGGGGAUUGAAUUUCUGAAGGAAAGGGAAUCAAUGCAUGUUUUGUAUGUUGCAUUACAUGUUUCCCACUCCCUUUGCGGCGGGCUUGGAGAGUGAAAUAAGAUGGGAAACUGAGCCCGAGCUGUCAAAUAACUAUGGGAGUCCAAUUCCAUUACCAACUGUUGUUUAGUGAGUCUGUUUUGCGAUUCGAUUCAAGUAAUGAAACAAUCUAAUCAUUCCAGGGUUCAACUGCUCAAGCACUUGGUUGGUUUCCUUCCUAGUAAGAUGCACCUAUUAUAGGCAUGCCACUGACUGCGAGCUAGAUUUUCCUGAUGCUAUUCUGGGCAUGGCCUUAUCAUAUUAUUCGAAUGCUUUCUGGACUGUGGUUGCACUGGCAUUUGGAAUUAUUUCAUUGUGGUAAUAGAAAAUUAACAUCAAAA